AUCAGCAUCUGGCCCCUCCCUCCUGUUUUGCGCCUUCAUUCUCUCGCAUCCGCGGAGGCAGCAGCUGCUUCUGCUGAGCUGCAAUGAAUGAGGCUCCCGCCCGGGGAGCCCGGAGCCUUGCCCGGCCGCGACGCCGCCUGGAACCGCCGGUGGGUCACCUCGGGUGGAGGCGCGGGCACUAGGCGGGCAGCCAGGCAGCCAGCUUGCCCCGCGCGAAGGUAGGAAGCGAAGCCAGCCAGCCAGCCAGCCAGCCCCCUCGCUCCAAAACAAGAGGGGAGGGCUGAAGACCUGCCCCCCCCAGCCCUGCCCAGCCUUGCCCAGCGGCGGGAUGCGCCAGGAUGGGUGGCCCAGGGCGCUCCAGGGCUGCGGCGGGAUGCCCAGAGCGGGUCACGCCUAGCCGCAUCCAUUGUGCCCAGCGAGGGGACCGCUAGCUGCCGCCGCCGCCGCAGCCUCCUGUCAGCAGCGGUGCCAGUGUCGCAGCAGCAGCCCGAGGGAGGAGAAGCCCCCAUGCCCAGCCCGCCCCCCUGACAGCCACAGGUUGAGGGGGAGCCCGCCAGGGGCAGGGGAGGCGCCAUGGCCACCCGGCCGCCCAAGAGCAGCGAGGCCCUGAAGGUGGUGGUGCGCUGCCGGCCGAUGCACCGGAAGGAGGAGGCGGCAGGCUACGAGCGGAUCCUGGACCUGGACGUCAAGCUGGGGCAGGUGACCAUCCGGAACCCCAAGGCCUCCCCGGGGGAGCUGGCCAAGACCUUCACCUUUGACGCCGUCUACGACGCCAGCUCCAAACAGGCCGACCUUUACGACGAGACCGUGCGCCCGCUGAUCGACUCGGUGCUGCAGGGCUUCAACGGGACCAUCUUUGCCUACGGGCAGACGGGCACAGGCAAGACCUACACCAUGCAAGGCGCCUGGGCCGACCCGGAGAAGAGGGGCGUCAUCCCCAUCUCCUUUGAGCACAUCUUCACCCACAUCUCCCGCUCGCAGAACCAGCAGUACCUGGUGAGGGCCUCCUACCUGGAGAUCUACCAGGAGGAGAUCCGGGAUCUGCUGGCCAAGGACCAGAGCAAGAAGAUGGAGCUGAAGGAGAACCCGGAGACCGGCGUCUACAUCAAGGACCUGUCCUCCUUCGUGACCAAGAACGUCAAGGAGAUCGAGCACGUCAUGAACCUGGGCAACCAGGCGCGCUCGGUGGGGAGCACCAACAUGAACGAGUACAGCUCCCGUUCGCACGCCAUCUUCGUCAUCACGGUGGAGUGCAGCGAGGAGGGGCCCGACGGAGAGGACCACAUCCGCGUGGGGAAGCUGAACCUGGUGGAUCUGGCCGGGAGCGAGCGCCAGAGCAAGAUGGGCACCCAGGGGGAGCGCCCCAAGGAGGCCUCCAAGAUCAACCUGUCUCUCUCCGCCCUGGGCAACGUCAUCUCGGCCCUGGUGGACGGCAAGAGCACCCACAUCCCCUACCGGGACUCCAAGCUCACCCGCCUGCUGCAGGACUCCCUGGGCGGGAACGCCAAGACCAUCAUGGUGGCCACGCUGGGCCCGGCCUCGCACAGCUACGACGAGAGCCUCUCCACGCUGCGCUUUGCCAACAGGGCCAAGAACAUCAAGAACAAGCCGCGGGUCAACGAGGACCCCAAGGACACGCUCCUGCGGGAGUUCCAGGAGGAGAUCACCCGGCUGAAGGCCCAGCUGGAGAAGAGGGGGAUGCUGAGCAAGAAGAGGAGGAGGAACAGCCGGAGGAAGAAGUCGGCCGGAGGGGAAGGGACCCCCGAGGCGGAGGACGGAGAGGAGGACGGGGGUCUGGAGAAGGACAUGAAGAACUACCUGAAGGAACAGGAGGAGAGGCUGGAGGAGGAGAAGGCAGCCAUCCAGGACGACCACAGCCUGGUGAGCGAGGAGAAGCAGAAGCUGCUGCAGGAGAAGGAGAAGAUGAUCGAGGAGCUGCGGAAGGAGCAGGAGGCCACGCAACUCCUGGCCACAAAGUAUAAGGCGAUGGAGAGCAAGUUGCUGAUUGGCGGAAGGAACAUCAUGGACCACACCAACGAGCAGCAAAAGAUGCUGGAACUGAAGAGGCAGGAGAUUGCGGAGCAGAAGCGGCGGGAGCGUGAGAUGCAGCAGCAGGUGCUCUUGCGGGACGAGGAGACCAUGGAGCUGCGGGAAACGUUCACCUCCUUGCAGCAGGAAGUGGAGAUCAAGACCAAGAAGCUGAAGAAGCUCUAUGCAAAACUCCAGGCUGUGAAGGCUGAGAUCCAGGACCAACACGAUGAAUACAUCCGCGUGCGGCAAGACCUGGAAGAGGCACAGAACGAGCAGACGAGGGAGCUGAAGCUCAAGUAUCUGAUCAUUGAAAACUUCAUCCCCCCCGAAGAGAAGAACAAAAUCAUGAACCGCCUUUACUUUGACUGCGAGGAAGACCAGUGGAAAUUCCAGCCCUUGGUGCUAACGCCAGGAAGCAGCAGCGGGAGCGGAAGCAACAGCCCCACCACCACCACGGCCACCCAGAUGAAGAAGCGGCCGACCUCCGCCGUGGGGUACAAGAGGCCCAUCAGCCAGUACGCUCGCCUGGCCAUGUCGAUGGGCUCCCAUCCUCGGUACCGGGCUGAGAAUAUCAUGUUCCUGGAACUGGACGUCUCCCCGCCGGCCGUCUUUGAGUUCGAGAUCACACGAGACCCGAGCGAGCACGAUCCACGGGCCCUGCACCUGGAGAGGCUCAUGCGUCUCGACAGCCUCCUGGAGCGACCGGCGGCGUCGCGAGUGCGGAAGUCGCGGUCUUGGUGCCAGGCUCCUCGUUCCCUGCCCUCGUCGACGACGCACGUGUCCCUUGCCUCCAGCUCACAGAACGCUGCCACAGCACUGGCUCACGAGUAACAAGGCCCCGUUGGCCCUCCCUGGCCCUUCCUUUCGCACAUGGAGGAUGAGGCUCCUUCUCCUGUCACCUGCUGCCUCGGAGGACACGUGGUCCAGGGAGGGGGCUCCCCCCGCACUAACUCAUCUUUGUCCUUAGCUACUUCUUGUGUGUGUGUGUGUGUGUGUGUGCGUGUGUGUGUGUGUCUCUGUGCAUCCAAACGGGAGGAUGGUUCCGGGGGGCCCGUCCCCCCGCCCUCUCUGGACUGUCGCUCUAUUUAUUUAACAUAUUUAUUUAUGAUGUGUCUUUGUACGGAUGCUGGGGGCGGGUUCUUCUUUGGGGCCAAGCAGCGUCCUCAGUGCCAGCUGCUCCCCUGGCAAUGUUGGGGGGCAGCCUGGCACCACGCACAACCUUCCUAGAAGGCGGACUCUUGCUUUUUCUUCACCCUGUCGAUGUUCUGAGCUCAGUACGGACACCUGUUUGGGGCAGGCGGAGCCCAAACCAAUUGCACUCGGCUCCCAGCCCCCUCUGUUCCCUCGGAAGAAAUCGCUGCCUCCUUGCAGUGUCCCCUACGAGGAGUGUUUGGUCGGUGCUGGCAGAGCUUGGAGGCAGGAUUCGACCUUCUUGCCAGCCACGGAAUCCUCUCUGCUCUCGCACCAAGACCGUCGGCUUCACCUUGCCUUCUGUUCACCCAGCCAAAAAACACACCAAAUGGCUCCAUGCUGCACAGCGAGAGCCUAAGGACUGAUUAUGCAAGCAGAUCUGUGAGGGGGCCGGGAUGCUACGAGACCUUCUCACCAGCACCACUGGCUGGGGCCCCCGCUUGACCCACCAAGCGACUGCAAUGGCCCACAUGGCAGGGAUGUUGCAUAUUCCCUCUCCAGGACAGGAAUCAUCCACAUUUUGACUGGGAAGAGACGUCCUGAAGUCAAGAACCAAUCAUGUGCCUCACAUGGGGAGAGAGGCGGAGGGCCCCGCUCCCCUGAGAGAGCAGAGGAAAGGGCACCUCUUGAGUUUUACUCGAAAUUCAUGGCUCUCUUGCAGCGGCAAGGGGGACAGGCAGCUUUGAUGCAGCAUACAGCUGGUUGCAAGGACCUCCUGGGGCCACGUUGAGGUCAGGAGGGGAAGGCAGAGAAAUCAAAGAGAAAGGUGGAGGGCAAUGCGGAAUAAACCCCCCGCCACCACCAAACCCAGCCCUCACGCCCCUUGCCUUUUCCUCAUGUUCAGUGUCUCUCUGCAUAAGUGGCCCUUUGGCUUCUAGUCACUUAGCUUUGUGGCUGCCCCUAAAAUUGGCCUGGGAAUUUCCUAGAAAUAAGCAAAACUUAUCCGCUUUCUCAUGGGGAAAACCACUCUUUAGUGCUCAAUCGGAGCCAACAGCAAUCUUCUUGUUCCGAUUUGAGGCUAAAGAGUGGGUUUUUUCCUGGGAAAGGAGAGAGGGGCAAGAGGGAAAUGGCUCAGAUCUUGCUUUCUAGGCAGGCGGAAGUGUUGAUGAACCCUCUCUCUUGGGGAAAGCCCGCAGGCUGCAUUUAGCUAGGGGAGAUGGAGAGCGCUUGCUGGCUGGUGUGAUAGCUGCCAGUGCGCCGUUGCCACCAAUCCUUACAAUGCCGCUCCCAAAGACACCCCCGGUUGCCUGGGACUCGGCCACAAGCAGCCACAAUGGGCAGCAAAUGGAGAAAGGUGUGAGGGCACGAGAGCAAAGGCGAUGGGGUGGCCAGGAGGUCAGUGGGAAAGGUUUGUUGAGCCACCUUUCUUUGAGAGAGGGAAGUGGCAGAGUUUCGCAGUGCUCUGAAUGAUCCGCCCUGUGCCUGCUGCAGCUUUUGUAGCAGGAAGACUCUUCCGCUCUCCACGGUCGAAGACCAGAAACCAGAGGAGGAAAAAGGAGGGACUUGGUGAAAAGGCAGCUGUGGCACUGAGCUAGGGGCCGGGCCGUGGCUCAGACGGCACAGACACCUGCUCUGGGUGCAAAAGGUCCUGGGCUCAGUCCUUGUCAUCUCCAGGGAGGGCUGGGAGAAACCGUGGACAACCAGGGAUGCCAGCUGGUGCAGACCAGAUUGAUCUCGACGAAGCAGUGGUCUGAUUGUGUCGACGGCAGCUUCUGAUGUUCCUAGCUGGGCAGUCCCACUAGGUCAGCCUGAGAGCACAGCCUGAAGCAUUGGGAGGGUGGUCCAGUCUGUGGUGGGGCUACAGGUCCCUCUCAAUCAGCCCGACUCCCCGAGUUUCCUUCUUGCCGCUCUAGUCCUGGCCGAGGAUUCUGCAGCUUCCUCAUCUCUCGUUUACUCUGGAGCCAGCCCCAAAUAGUAAUAGUAAUUUAUUAUUUGUAUCCCGCCCAUCUGGCUGGGUUUCCCCAGCCACUCUGGGCGGCUUCCAACAAAGAUUAAAAAUACAUUAAAAUGUCACAUAUUAAAAACUUCCCUGAACAGGGCUGCCUUCAGAUGUCUUCUAAAUGUUAGGUAGUUGUUUAUUUCUUUGACAUCUGGUGGGAGGGUGUUCCACAGGGCGGGCGCCACCACCGAGAAGGCCCUCUGCCUGGUUCCCUGUAACUCGGCUUCUCGCAAUGAGGGAACCGCCAGAAGGCCCUCGGAGCUGGACCUCAGCGUCCGGGCAGAAUGAUGGGGGUGGAGAUGCUCCUUCAGGUAAGUCCCUGUGAUGGCUAAAGGAAAGGUAGCAGGACAAAUUAUUGCCCCCCAUAUGAGACCCCUAUUGAAUGAAGCAGGGAUUCGGAUCCACACCUGGUGGUUGCGAGUAUGGAAUUUGGCUGAGGGUCGUUCCAGGGGGCGGAGCAGCAGCAGCAGUUAUUCCCAACUCCUGGAUGCAGAACAGGGGGAGUUUGUGGUCUCUGCUUCUGAAAGGCACAAACCGCCAGAAGGUGGGUGGGAAGGGGACUCUGCAAGCUGCUUUUGGGCAAGGGAAUAGAAACAGCGUAUUUUCUAUGCUAUGGUUUAUUUAUAUACCGCUUUUUAACCCAAGGCUCCAAAAGCAGUGAACAACAAUAUAUAUUAUUAAUAUAGAUAAAAUAUAUACUAAAAGUACAAUGUACCCGGAAAACUCUCGAUGCAGAAAAGGCUUUCCAGAGGUGGUCCGGCAGGAACCGUCUUGCUAUGCAGUUUAACAGUGUGUUAUGCCCCUUGGUCCCUGACCGGCUGCCCUGGCUGCUCCCAGUGCAUUCUGUGGACCAGCUGCUUGUAGGAGCUGCUAGCCCUCCAGAGAUGCUGAGCUGCCAUGAUUUGUUGGGGUCCUGCACAUGGCUGGGGAAUUAAUAGUGCCUAGUAGCAGCAGAGAAAGCUGUGCUAUAUGGACUAUAGGAACCGAGGAAGCUGCCGUACACCAGGCCAAACCAUUGGUCCAUCUGCCUUGAUACUGUCUUCAUUGAUGGACAAUGGCUCUCCAGGGUUUCUGACAGGGGGUCUUUACCUGCCCUCAAUGCAGCUGGGGAGUGAACCUGAGACCUUCUGCAUCCAAAGCAAAAGGGAUUGUCUUUCCUGUUGGGCUGGAAGAAGUUCCUGGGCCAGCCAGAGAGGGUCAGGGAGGCUGAAUGCUUACAAAAGAAGAUGCAUUUCUGUAGUCCAGCAGCUGGAGGAAGACCCCUCUCACUCCUUCACCUGUCUGAGAGUGAAUUUGAAUUAACUCUGCACUUCCUUGCCUUUGAUUCCCAUAAACUCAAGAGAUCUGUGCAUGGCUCUGGAGCCAGGAACAAGCACACCCAGGGGAAGCUGCUUGGUUUACUUCACAGCACAACAGCCACACACACUAAAGGGACAGCAGAGACUUCUGAAGGCCAGCCCCACGUCUAGAGGUGCACCUGAAGGCUCAGCUGAGCUUUUUGUCCUUUGUUUACCGUGGGUUAGAAAAGUGUGCUUUCUGGAGAUCUGCCAGAAGAGAGGCGAUGCGUCCUUCCCAGUUUCAAAGGCUAAAGACGUUACUUCUCCCUGAGGAAUUGUUUUCUACAGCACCACAAAGACGAGAGCAGCCAUCGCAUUGGGAACUACAAUAGAACAGAAUUAUUUCCAUUCCGCCUGGAUGGGAAAUGGAGGUCAGUGUGUUGAGGCCGAGCGACGCCUCUUGCGCUACAAAUUUUGGCUUUAGGGAGUUGGAGGUGUCACUGGGAAGUUAACCUCACUCACCCCCCCUACCGGCGGUGGUGCAAACAAGGGGUCCAACAAGCUAUACUUUUUACGCCAAAGCCUGCCAUUUCCUCCUGCCAUGUACUUUGCGUUGGGAGAUCUCUCACACUCUGCGUUUCUCAAUCCACCGCUGUGCUGCCAAUAACCUCCAACGACCUUCCUAGCACAAAACUCAAGGACAGCUGUAAAGAAAUACUGUUAUUUAAGACAGGAGCCAGUUCCCACUGGCGGAGGUGUCUCUGUACAAGGGGCUGCCACAACCUCAGAUGUAGAUUUCUGAUGUUCUUUGUUCUUUGUAUGUUGGCGAGUCUGUAUUUACAUAUGAAUGUGUGUGUUGGGGGUGUGUAUGUGUUGCGUGGCUGCUUGUGGGUGUCCCGCCCAGGGAAACUGUGGAAUUUGCGCUAAUGUGGGGGGCUGGAGACUGGGGGAAAUUCCAGAGUGGGGUGGAAAGUGGGAGGGACUUGGUUGGUCAGCAAGACAAGGGCCUAGACUGGGACCAAAAUCGUCUGUGCCUGUUGCUGUGGUGGUGAUUUACUUAGGAAGUCAAAAGUCGGUAUACGGUGGUGGCCCAUGCUUGUUGCUCUAUACAUAUGAAUAUACAGGACAUAUUAAGCAUAGUUAUAUUAUACAUAAUGUACUGGCAGAGGUUGUCGUCCCACACCCCCUCUGGUUCUGGGUGGAGAGCUCCCUUGUGACGUCGCUUUGAUUUGGUGUGGGCCUGGACAUUGUGGUGGCAGCACCCUUCCAAAAAGCCCAGCCCUGACAAUAAAGGAAUGAGCAUUGUUGAAAAAGGAGACCAGCUUCAUUCAUUGGCAUCACUCCUGACUUUUUUUGGGGGGGGGACACUUGCCCUAAACUAUCCCACCGUGGUCAAAUCUGACCUCCAUAGUAGAGCCCCACAUCACAAGCCGGAAAAGGUCCAGGCCAGCAGAGAAAGUAAAUGCUCAGGACAAACAGCAGCAGAAAAAAUGCGGGGCUGGUUGGGGGAGCAUGACGAGAAAGCCCCAAAGUCUGCAGUUUAUAACGAUGAAAAUAAAAGUGUGUGAGCUAAUUAAAGAGA